GUAGACAGACUGAGAAGGACGUAACCAUGGAAUAUCCUUUUAUGAUCCAGGUGCUUGGUACAGCAUGUCAUGUAUCUGAUACAAAGCAAGAACAAACAGCCAACAUGUCUAGCAAAAGGGCAAAGACGAAGACCACCAAGAAGCGCCCUCAGCGUGCCACUUCCAAUGUAUUUGCAAUGUUUGAUCAGUCGCAGAUUCAAGAAUUCAAGGAGGCCUUCAACAUGAUCGACCAGAACAGGGAUGGCUUCAUUGACAAAGAGGACUUGCACGAUAUGCUCGCCUCCCUUGGAAAGAAUCCAACGGAUGAAUACCUAGAUGCCAUGAUGAAUGAGGCUCCAGGCCCCAUAAACUUCACUAUGUUCCUCACAAUGUUUGGUGAGAAGCUAAAUGGCACCGAUCCGGAAGACGUAAUCAGGAAUGCUUUUGCUUGCUUUGAUGAAGAAGCAACAGGGUUCAUUCAGGAGGACUACCUGCGAGAGCUGCUGACGACAAUGGGAGACAGGUUCACAGACGAAGAGGUGGAUGAGCUGUACAGAGAGGCACCCAUCGACAAAAAGGGGAAUUUCAACUACAUUGAAUUCACGCGCAUCCUGAAACACGGAGCGAAAGACAAGGAUGACUGAGCAAAUCCCUGGAUACCUGCAGAUUAUCUCUACUUUACGCUUAUGUUUAUUUUUGAGGGUUUCUUCCUGAUAGAACUUGUUGCAUGCAUUUAGCUUUACAGCUUUUGCCUUUCUCAAUGUAUUUAUCUUUUCCAGGCCAUUUAGGCACAUUUGCACCUGUGUAAUCAGACUGGAAGCGGGGAAGAUACCGUGAGGAAAAGGAUAUGGGACAAAGAUCUAUGGACUUGAUAGUCCAGGAAAAUAAUCUCAAUGUUUCUGGUUUAGCUGGAUUUUUACAUUUUUGUAAUGCCAUUUUGAAAUAAAGAUUGCUAUAUAGAUAAAAUACCUCCAA